UGGAUUUUGAAUACGGUGAAUUGGGUUCGCUUCGGCUGGAAAGAUGAAUGCGGUGACUACUUCCGACCCUGAUAACGGUGUAUGCGGCAGCGAUUCUGACGCGAAUUCCGACGAUUCUGCGGAAUACUAUCAGCCCAUCUCCACCGUUGACAGCGGCGGCGAGGACGAAGACCACGGCCGAGACAGAGUGCUUUCCGAUCAAGAUCCAAACCUUAAUUUCUAUCAUCUGCCCAAUGGGUGGGUGGAGAAUGGAGUAUCAUCGCUUGAUCUGAGCGACAAAGACCAUGAAAGUGAUGAAGAAGAAGAGGAGGAAGAGGAGGCUAUGGAAUCGGAGAUGGCGAUAGAGAGAGCAUUCAGAGAGGACGAGAGGCGGCGCAACGCUCCCUUGACGGCGGAGAACGCCGUGAGAGUGAUGGAGGCCAUGCGUGGGAUCUCGUUUGGGGGCGGCGCUCCUGACUGGGCGGGCCAGGUCCCUGAGGAUCAGUGGAUCGAUCGGCUCCGGAGAUUAAGGAGACCAUCAUCUGCUGCCUCGGCUGCUUCUGCUACAAACUGAUAAUUGAUGUUCAAGGCAUCGAGAAACAUUGAUGAGUUCGUAUUCAAGUCUUUUCAUUUGUUCUCGCAAUGCCCAUUUGCUAUUCGAUGAAAUUCCUGUUCGCUUAAAAUCUUAUAUUGUUGCUGCGGGAUUUACUGAAAUUACCACGUUCAGUAUUGAUUUUAAUUCUGUUGAUUUUAUGAAUUAGUUCAUAAUACUUUGUUCGUGCUUU